CUCUUAUCAUCUUACCCAGUGGUGCCUGGGAGCACUUUGAUAACAGCUGUGAUCACGUGCACGGGCUGGCUGAUGGCCAGUGGCCAGGGCAUCACUGCUGUUCCUGUACCCUGUGCUGGACAGGCUGGAAUUCUAGUGUCAAUUUGAAUAGAAGGGACCUGACCUGUGGGUAAGUCCAUGUCGGAGCAGGACAAGCCAAAGUGUCUGUGGCUGUGGGCCAUGUCAGAGCAGAACCAUCUGUCGCUGUGGGUUUGUCCACAUCACAGCAGGUAUACCCCUGGAGGGACUGUGGCCCAAGGGUAAGUCCACAUGGGAGAAGGUACACCUUGACGUAUCUGUGGCCAUGGAUAAGUCCACAACACAGCAGGUACACCCCUGAAGGAACUGUGGCCCAUAAGUAAGUCCACACUGGAACAGAUCCACCCCUAAGGGACUGGGGUCUGUGGGUAAGUUCAUGCUGGAGCAGAGGCAAGGAGAGUACACUCUGGUGUCCAAAGGGAUCAGAGGCAGAGAUUGUGAUGGAUAUACCUUUAAAUUGUUGUAACCUACGAUCUGAGUUGCAUGUUAUGGGUUUAUUAUAGCAGGAACCACUACCUGUGGGGGACCAGUCUUACAAGAGGCAGUGCAAGUGCAGCGGUGACUCAACCUGAGCUGGCCAAGUAACUCCACACAACACACCACCUCUCCUGUCCUGAGUGACCACCAUAACAGACAGAACCCAACUCAUGGACUAAUGAACUCAAUGGACAUUUCACAGACAUCUUAUGGACAUUUUACAGGGAUGGUCCAUCGACUAAUGAUAUCUGUGUAUAUAUCAAAGGAUGGGAAGUGGGAAAGGGGCUACUGAGAAUCUAUUUGAUAGUGUGGGGCCUGAGCAUGACGUAAAUGGUAUGGAAUAAGGGGUGAAGAAUGUGCUUGUUUUGGCUGGGGAAGAGUUCAUUUUCUUCAUAGUAGCUAGUAUGGUGCUAUGUUUUGGAUUUGUGAUGAAAACACUGUUGAUAAAACACUAAUGUCUGUGCUUCCUGGUGUGGUACAGGGGAUGCCUGCAGCAUGACAGAGGAGGAAGGAUGAGCGCUCUCACUGUUGGCUAGCAAAAAGGUCCAAUGCGGACUCCAAGGAAUAGCUCUAUUGCAAGGCAGCCUCUGAGCUGGUGUGGAUUUGCCAGAGGAGCUGUAUGCCAAAUGCUUCUCUUCUGCAGAAACGGGAUGAGGCAAAACUGAAGAGCUUAGAUCCAGGUCCAGGAAAAGGAGAAUGAAAAUGAGGUGUGGGAACUCCAUUCUUCUGCCCCCUCUAAAAUGCAGAUGGCAAGAACUUCUGAAAUGGAAUGGAUGGGGAUAUAAUGACUCCAAAUUCAUCUUCAAUAAGAAGGGUCAAGCAGAAUUCACAGGAAAAAGGUACAGAUUAGGUGGUAUGGUAUUACCAACUUUUAAGGAAUGGAUAGAAAAAACCUUUGGAGCCAGUCUGGAUCACAAAACUACCUCUAGAGCAACCUUAAAUGUUAAUGAUGUACCUCCAUCCAUUGUAAAUGAAGAAUUUCUUCAGGAUCUUAGAGCCACUAAAAUCUCAUACUCGCAGGAUGCAGAAGAUAGGGUAUUCAGAGCUCAUGGUCACUGCCUACAUGAGAUAUUUAUACUCAGGGAAGGAAUGUUUAAGCGAGUUCCUGAUAUAGUUGUAUGGCCUGUUUGCCAUGAAGAUGUAGUUAAAAUUGUGGAAUUAGCCUGCAAACACAAUCUCUGCGUAAUACCAUUUGGUGGAGGGACGAGUGUGUCUAGUGCCCUUGAAUGUCCUGAAGAAGAAAAAAGAACGAUUCUGUCGCUGGAUACAUCACAAAUGAAUCGGAUUCUCUGGAUAGAUGAGAAGAACUUAACAGCUUGUGUGGAAGCUGGCAUUGUUGGUCAAGAUCUGGAAAAACAGCUUUCUGAAAGUGGCUUCUGUACAGGCCAUGAACCAGACUCCAUGGAGUUCAGCUCACUAGGAGGAUGGGUAGCAACACGAGCAUCAGGCAUGAAAAAAAACAUCUAUGGAAACAUUGAAGAUAUGGUGAUUCAUAUAAAAAUGGUAACCCCUAGAGGAAUAGUAGAAAAAAACUGUCAAGUACCUCGCAUGUCAACGGGACCUGAUAUCCAUCACUUCAUUAUGGGAUCUGAAGGGACUCUUGGAGUGGUUACUGAAGUUACGAUAAAGAUUCGCCCAGUCCCUGAAUACCAGAAGUAUGGCUCUGUGGUCUUCCCUAACUUUGAACGAGGGGUGGCCUGCUUAAGGGAAGUGGCAAAGCAGAGAUGUGCUCCUGCAUCAAUUCGCCUUGUUGACAAUGCACAGUUUCAGUUUGGUCAUGCUCUUAAACCACAAGUUGCUUCCAUUUUUACAUCGUUUUUGGAUGGACUGAAAAAAUUCUACAUCACGAAGUUUAAAGGAUUUGAUCCCAACAUACUGUGUGUAGCUACCUUGCUCUUUGAAGGUGAUAGAGAGAAGGUGCUUCAGCAUGAAAAGCAAGUCUAUGAUAUUGCCACCAAGUUUGGUGGCUUGGCAGCGGGAGAAGAUAAUGGACAGAGAGGAUAUAUGCUGACAUUUGUCAUCGCUUACCUUCGGGACCUGGGCCUGGAUUACUAUAUAAUAGGAGAAUCAUUUGAGACAUCUGUUCCUUGGGAUAGGGUUUUGGACCUUUGUAGGAAUGUAAAGGAAAGGAUAGUAAGAGAAUGCAAAGAAAAGGGUGUUCAAUUUGCACCUCUUUCCACCUGCAGGGUGACACAGACUUAUGAUGCAGGUGCAUGUGUCUACUUCUACUUUGCCUUUAACUACAGAGGAAUUAGUGAUCCUAUUCAUGUCUAUGAACAAAUUGAGAGGGCUGCUAGAGAAGAAAUACUUGCCAAUGGAGGAAGUCUGUCACAUCACCAUGGAGUAGGCAAAUUGCGGAAGCGCUGGAUGAAGGAGAGCAUCUCUGAUGUUGGCCUGGGAAUGCUGAGAUCCGUUAAAGAAUACGUGGACCCCAAUAACAUCUUUGGAAACAAAAAUCUUUUAUAAAGCCCUGCACAACAUGAUGUACUAAAACUUCUUCAAAAUUACUGUUGAAAAUCCUCCACUUUCAUUGUACUGAUAUCCCAGUAAUCAAAUAUAACAUAGACUAAACUUUAAAAACUAGUGACUUACUUUGAUUUUUUUGCUACCCCUUUCCCCUCCCCCCAAUAAAGUGUAAUCAUCACUGUUAA